AUAUACUUGCUGUUCAGUUUCUAGAUGAUUGGUUGCAUGUGCUAUCAAUGCAACAUCUAACCAAGAAAAAUACAAAUAGAAGUAAAAAAACCAGCAUUGCAAUGUUAUGGUUUUAACAAAAGUAAGCCAGGUUACAAAGUAGAACAUAGAAAGGCUGACUUAUAUAAGCGAGGUGAAGAAGAGCACCACGCUUUAGUUUAAAGUUACACUUGUCGGCCUUUCCUGAUUGGAGUCAGCCAUGUAUUGCUGUAAUGUGCUAAGUAAGUGUCACGCACACGAAGUGCUGAGACGCCGAUGAAGUCACCGAGAGAAAAAUAACAUGGCAAAGAGCAAGGAUGAUAUCAAGUAUGGGACUGCGCAGGCGAGGGUGAACGAGCAUCAAGCCGUGAGGGUGAGUUACAAGCACGGCACUCCCCUUGAAGGUGGGAAGAUUGCGGACUCUGAACCUGUUGAUUUCUUUCCCAGCUCCCGAACUAUCACCAAGGCCGCUCCUCCUAAUCAGGGUGCUUCUACCAACCAACCUCAGCAAGAUCGUGGCCCUGGACAUGUAGCAGACAGUUCAGGAAAUGCCAAGGAUUCCACAACCAUCAACACCAGUGGAAACAUGUCUAAAAAGACACCGCCUACACUACACCAUGGAUGAAGAGAGAGAUCUGUCAUUAGUAGAAUUUUGUAACUCAUGUUAAGUUUUGAUGAAUUUGAAGCCAAAACCUUGUCAGAAA